AUGGGAGUAGACGCGGGAGGCCACGUUCGGCCCUUCCUCUACAAAGAAGAGAUGGGGCUCUGCCUGCGCGCGCGAGCCGCGGGGCGUGGGAUGUCGGUGGCGUCGGGGGCGUCGGCGGGCAGCCGGCUCAAGGGCGGCGGGCGCGGGCCGCCCCGCAGCCACGUGCUGCUGCACGAGAUCCGCCCGCUGCUCGUGGCCCUGCGCGCGCUGGGAGCCCUGCCGCUGCGCUGGCACCCCACAGAGGGCGCGUCGUGCCGCAUGGUGAGUCUGGCGACGGCGUACGCGGUGGCGCUGUUCGUGGCGCUGGGCACGCCCCUCGCCUUCGCCACGGCGCGCGUGGUGCGCCGCCUGCUCGACACCGGCGCCGCCACCACCUUCGUGCAGCUCACGCUCGACCUGCUCUCGCUCGCCUACGCGCACCAGUUCUGCAUGAUCCCCGCGCAGAACUGGCGCGAGGCGCGGCGCGUCGCCCACUUCUUCAACGACGCCGGGCUGGCGCUGGAGCAGCUGCGCAUGGCCGUGGUGUUCGCCCACAGCGCGCUGCUGCUGCGCGCCGUCUGCAACGCCGCCCACUGCGCCACCAACGAGGUAGGAUUCGCGUUUCAAGAAAAACUGCUUUUGGAGGAUAUUGCAUCUCGUAGCCCGCAAGCGAAAGAGGAGGUGGACCGAUGGCUGGAUGCCAUGUCGAUGACACCGCCAACCAUCAGCCUCAACGGGUACGCAGUGGUCAAUAGGUCAAUGCUGCUCUCGAUUAUGACCACCAUGGUGACAUAUCUAGUUGUUUUAGUGCAAUUCAAUCAAAGCUGGAAGAGCAAUACACCCUCUAACAGUUCAGAAGAGUGUAAGUCUGUAUGUUUAAUCUUGCUUAUUCUCCAUCAUUUCAUCCUUUUCUCUUUUGAAAUUUUUACUCAGUUUUUCCUCAUUUUAUUUUCUCCUUUCUCAGUAAGCCACAUUCCCGUAUCAAGGAAUCCUUAUGAUGUUAAUUUUAAAUUUUGUGAUACCAAUAACUUCAGAAUAACAUAUUAA